AGAUGAAUGAAUGGGUGGAUGGAUGGAUGGAUGGAUGAAGAGAGACAACAGAAUCGGACAGGGCCAGGCAAAGGACCGCUCUGCACGGCAAUGACCAACAGACAGACUGUCAUGGCGAGAUACACGACGAAGCGCGUCCAGGAAGUGUAAGCCAUUUUGUCGAGAUGUCGAGAGAUGACGUUUGUAUAUUUUGGUCGUGGGGAGUUGAUAUAUAUCCCUGGAGCCGGAGUCCGUAUAGGCCACAGAGCAAGAAGUUGAGAGCGAGACAGAGUAGUGAGCUGAUCCCAGACAAUGAAGAAGACAAAGAAUUCGAAGAUGAAAAGAAACCCGCUCUUCCUCUUCGGCACUUGCUUUCCACAAAAAGGCUCAACAAUGAGAACAAUAAGGAGACAAAAGAACACCUGACAAAAGGAGGGUACAGAAUAACGACAGUCAAAAUCAAUCGAGGGCAGCGAAAACUUUUAAUUGCAUAUCCCUUGGACUUAUAUCCUACCGUGUGGUAUUAUCUUGGCUUCAGCCCGGGGAACAGGGCUGCUGCGUACGAACCCAAGCGCACGGUAGUAGGCUGUAGCGCACAGAGGUUUGCAAGCUUGCAGGUCUGCCGGUCUGCAGGCCUGCGUCCCCGUACAUGAGACAAGACAGGAUAAUCCUGAUACAUACAUCCAUACAUACAUACAUACAUACACCUCGAAGC